GGCGGCGGCGAUCGCAGCGGCGGCCGUUCUCCUCAGGGCAGACAAUGGACAGCCAGGGCAGGAAGGUGGUGGUGUGUGACAACGGCACCGGGUUUGUGAAGUGCGGCUAUGCUGGCUCUAAUUUUCCAGAACACAUCUUCCCAGCUUUGGUUGGAAGACCUAUUAUCAGAUCCACCACUAAAGUAGGAAACAUCGAAAUCAAGAAUAACAAAAAGAUGGAUCUUAUGGUUGGUGAUGAAGCAAGUGAAUUGCGUUCAAUGUUAGAGGUCAAUUAUCCAAUGGAAAAUGGCAUAGUCCGAAACUGGGAUGAUAUGAAACAUCUGUGGGAUUACACGUUUGGACCCGAAAAACUUAACAUUGAUACCAGAAACUGUAAAAUCUUGCUCACAGAACCUCCUAUGAAUCCAACAAAAAACAGAGAGAAGAUUGUAGAGGUAAUGUUUGAGACUUACCAAUUUUCUGGAGUAUAUGUAGCCAUCCAGGCUGUUCUUACUUUGUAUGCACAGGGUCUCCUGACUGGUGUGGUUGUGGAUUCCGGAGAUGGUGUAACUCAUAUUUGCCCAGUCUAUGAAGGCUUCUCCCUUCCUCAUCUUACCAGAAGAUUGGACAUAGCUGGGAGGGAUAUUACUAGAUACCUUAUCAAGCUGCUUCUGCUCCGAGGAUACGCCUUCAACCAUUCUGCUGAUUUUGAAACCGUCCGCAUGAUAAAGGAAAAACUGUGUUAUGUCGGAUACAAUAUUGAGCAGGAGCAGAAACUGGCCUUAGAAACCACAGUAUUAGUUGAAUCGUACACACUCCCAGAUGGCAGAAUUAUCAAAGUUGGUGGUGAGAGGUUUGAAGCACCUGAAGCUUUAUUCCAGCCUCAUUUGAUCAAUGUAGAGGGAGUUGGUGUCGCUGAAUUACUGUUUAACACAAUUCAGGCUGCCGACAUUGACACUAGGUCUGAAUUCUAUAAGCACAUUGUGCUUUCUGGGGGUUCGACUAUGUAUCCUGGGCUGCCUUCGCGUUUGGAACGUGAACUUAAACAGCUUUAUCUGGAACGAGUUUUAAAGGGAGAUGUGGAAAAACUCUCGAAAUUUAAGAUCCGCAUUGAGGACCCUCCACGCCGAAAGCACAUGGUAUUCCUGGGCGGGGCUGUUCUAGCAGACAUCAUGAAAGACAAAGACAACUUCUGGAUGACCCGACAAGAAUACCAAGAAAAGGGUGUGCGUGUGCUGGAGAAACUUGGUGUGACUGUUCGAUAAACCCAAAAGCUUGUUCCCAUCACGUCCCUAAAGCUUUCUUUUUUUUUUUUUUUCCUUUAUUGCCAAUCUUUGAACUCAUUCAGCUACAUGACAUGGAAAGGCCUGUCUGUGCCCUUUGACUGGAAAGGUCAGGUUUUGUUCUGGUUCCUUGGGGAAGCUUUUGUUAAAUAUUUGUUAAUGUGGCUAAAUUUGACUAUUUAAUUCGACCACUUCCCCCGCAAACAAACCGUGAGAGCCAAAGGGCCUGUCUGCUGCAUUGUUCCUUCUCAGUAGGCAUUUGGAUAAUUCCGGUAGGCUUUUUAUUUCCAGGUUACUGCUAUAAUGCUGCUAGCUUUUGUCUUUAGCACACCAGGUGGUUUGCCUUUCUUAGCAUAAGAAAAACUUUUAACUGCAGCUUUGACAUCACAUUAGUGUGGAAGGGGUGCCUUUACACCCUAAACUGCGUUUCCCUGUAGUGUGGAGCUUUAAGUAAUUAUUGCUACAACUCUACAAAACUUCCAUAAAGCCUCCAGUAUUAUCAUCUUAUUUGGGAAACGUCAGACUAUGAACUAAAUCAGUUUCUGUUGGAUUUUUUUGCGGGGAGGGUGGUUUUUGAGCUGUAUAUCUUUUCUGCUAUGGGAUAUGUAGGGUGAACUUUACAGUACUUUAUUUUGUAGGUUUUCCAUUAAUUCUGGUAUGCCAUGAUACGUUUCCAUAUGAUAGAGAGUAAGAGUAGUAUUAUGUUAUUUGUUCCCUUGCCAUGUGGCUAAGAGCUAUGGUUUAAAAAAUAAAUAAAUAAAUAAAAAUCUGGGACUGGGUUCCCUGCAGUCCAUCGAUUGAAAAGUAACAUUUUCAAAAAUGCUUGUGAUCACUCUGCUUACAGAUAAAAGCAUUACCUUGUAAAAGUUGGUAUUUUUGUAAGUGCUUUUGUUUAUUUCCGAAGCACUUCUAUUAAAAUUCGCAAUUACAAUAACCCAGUGCCAAGUACAGUUCUUGCAAAUAGAUCAUCCAGAAAAAUGACCAGUGCAUAUUUAAAAGUGAGCAGAAAUUUAUAGUCACUGGCAGAAAAUUACAAAACUUUACCUUUACUUGCUUCGGUUAAAAACAACUGAGUUAUGGGACUUGUUGCCAGUUGGUAAAUAUCCACAAGUCAUUUUUGCUUGCCUUGAUUUGAUACCUAGAAGGAGAAGUGGUGAAAUCUGUUGGAAAUAUUGUUUACAAAAAAAAAAACAAGAUUAAAGUUCUUAAUUGUAUGGAAAAAGAACUGCUAAUUAUCUAUCCAGCAUCCUUUAUGCUUACAAAAUGAGUUGUGUAAGUCAAAUGUAUAAGAAAAUGCAUAGCAAACUCUGUCAAUGCCAGGAAACCAAAUCCAUAAACUACUUCUGUAUGGUAUUUAUGAAGAAAACUGAUAGUAUCAUUCAUACGUGAAUUAUUUCCAGAUUUGCUGGAGAAUAAAAUAAAAAAUGUUAUCAGUUUUUAAACUUCCAACUGCAAAAGAAGACACAAAGCUUCCUUUCAUUCCAGAAAUGUGUAUUUGCAAAUAAUGAUCUAUUUAGGAAAACUCUUUCUCUUGGCUGACUAAAACCUAAAGAAGAAUUGCUGUGCGUUGCUAGAGAAGGGAAUUAAGUCAAAAGUCGUCUAUUUGAAUGAAACAAGCACAAAAAAAUUAGUUGUAAUUAUGCAAUGAUGUUUUCAUGAGGGCAUUUGAAGUCUUUUUGCCCUGAACUUGAACAAAUUGAACUUACUGGCAUGCUGGACAUGCUUCAGUACAUGCACUUAUAACGGUUACUAGGUUUUAGGGCUAUGGAUACCUUGAAUUCCUCAAGUUUUCUGAGUGAACUCUGUAGGUGAGAUGUUCUUACAAGUAUCAUAGAUGUGUCAACUUUUAGAGAACCUGCAUUUAGACAAGUACUAGGUGUUGUUUUCAUCAUAAAUAGAAUGAUUUACCUUUGGACACACCAUUGAAACCAUGGACUAAACCAAAGAAAGAAAUGGGACCUUUUUUAAAAAAGAAAAACACAAAAAUGUUCAGAUUUCAUAAAGGCAGGAUUUUUUUUUUUUUAACUAAACUUCUUGGUGCUUUGAGCAACUAAGGCCAUGUUCUGUACUCCAGGUUGAAAAUGACUUUAGAAAAAAAUGUAUCCCUUUGGAUAUAGAUGUUUUAUUUUGAGUUCUCAGUGGGUAGGAAGAAGUUCCCUCAGUGUAUUUUCUUCCUGCCCUCACAGCUUAGAACUUUGCUAUGAAACAGGCCAGGGUUUGUUUAGCUUUGGAAGUCCAUAGUCACCUAAAUUAAAGUUUGCAAUUAGCUUGAAAUACUUUCAUUUUUUUGAAAUUAGAAAUUGAGAUGCCUUGACAUUUGAACGUGUUCUUCAUGUUACGUCCUACUUUUAAACUUGUGUCUCUAAAAUCACCCCCAACAAUGAUAUUUAGGCUGUUAACCAAGGUAGCUUAUUACAAAGGCUUCAAUACAGUUUUGAGAAAUGAUACAACACCUGGAAAGCAGUUUAAAACCAUCAGUGGAAAUCUAAAUAGCAGUUUAAAUAUAAUUUGAAAACACCUCUUUGAUUAAAAAAAAAAUAAAACCAGAUUUUUCAAAG